CGAUUGAAAUUCAUUGCAACUUGGAUGUUGUUGAUUCGUGAGAUUUUGAAUUUUGGAGAUUUUGAAAUUCUGUUCUAGAUCGUUUGCUGUUGUUCAAUGGCGUCGGCUCAGGUGCUACCGAACAACUCUGCUUCGUCUCGGAAGCAAGAGCAUCUGGAAGCUGGCAAGCGUCGGAUGGGGCAUUCUGCAGUAGUAUGGGACUUUAGAGCAGCAACUGAAAUUACAAAGGACCAGAAUGGAAUCGGUCAAGUUGUACUUCGGACUCCACAAGGUGCUUCAGCACGGGUGAGCUUACUUGGUGCACAGGUCACUUCAUCGCGUAACGAGCAGGGGGGAGAACUUCUAUUCACAAGCAGCAAGACAGUUUCGAAGGCGCUAAAAGCAACACGGGGAGGAAUUCCUAUAUGUUUUCCACAGUUUGGAAACUGUGGAUCUCUGGAGCUUCAUGGAUUUGCAAGAAAUAGAAUGUGGGCAGUCGACGAGAAUCCUCCUCCUCUGCCUACAAAUGAUUCUAGUGGAAAAUCCUUUGUCGACCUGCUACUCAAAUCAUCUGAAGAAGACAUGAAAUGCUGGCCACAUAGUUUUGAGUUCCGCCUUCGAGUGUCUGUUACGAAAGACGGAGACCUAUCCCUGAUAUCACGAAUCAGGAAUAUCAACGGAAAGCCAUUUAGUUUCUCGUUCGCAUAUCACACAUACCUAUUGGUUUCUGACAUUAGUGAGAUAAGGAUUGAAGGUCUCGAGACACUUGAUUAUCUGGACAAUCUUUUCCAGAAAGAACGUAUUACAGAACAAGGAGAUGCGAUAACAUUUGAAUCUGAGGUAAAUGUUUAGUUACAUGACACAA